CAUUUUUUAAGAUAAAUAAAUAGAGAUUCUCAUGUAUAUAAUAAAUUAACAUUGACAAAUCAUAUGUGACAUUGACUACAAGGAAGUAAAACACAAAUACAAACAAACAAAAAUUCACAAAAGCUACCGUAGUUAUGGAAUACAGUUCAGUGUUAUUGUUACCCUGAGACAGGAUAAUGAUUAAGUGGAAGUAUCCAGUUAGUUAUCACAAACAAUUCAGCUUUCACAAUCCUGGAGUCAAAGGUCAUCAUAUGAUUUAAACCGCGCAAAGAGAGACAGAGGCCUUUCUCUGAAGGCAUUCAAUCCUGUCAGUAAUAGUCUCCUGAAGGGAUUUGCUUCAUACUGAAAGCGAAAGCUGCAGGACUAAAAAAGAAUUUACUCUAUACUGACCUGGGGCAGGGUUGUGAAGAGGAAAUGGUGAAGCCAGACAGAUGUAAAUGCAUGGGAGCAUGUCCUCAGCAGGACUUUAACCAAACCGACACACUGAAGACACUUAAAGUGGACCACCGUCCUCCGCUCGUGCUAAAUAUAGCCUUGGCACUGCAGCAUGUUAUGGUCCAUGCCUCUCUGUGUGCACUGGUGGUUGGAGCAUUAGUGCCUCAGGCUGGGAAGGAAAAGACAGCUGCCUCUGUGUUCUUUUACUCUGGUGUUUCUACACUCCUUCAGACUUGUUUUGGAUCACGCUUGCCAUUGAUCCAGGCUCCAUCUCUGGACUUUCUGGUUCCAGCUCUUGUCUUGCUUGGUGCACGUGCAGGGAAUCAUGCAGCCUGCAGGGGGCAGUGUGAUCAAUCAGAGCAGUUUGAGGUCCCGGCACACCAACUGAGAGAGUUGCAGGGCAUGGCUGUAGUAGUAGGCCUGGUACAGUUGUCAGUGGGUUUGUGUGGUGUGGGCGGAGCCGUGCUCACUCGAUGUGGUCCACUUGUCCUCACUCCUGUGUGUUGCAUUCUGGGCUUCUCCAUUUACAGAGAGGCAGCUUUGCUGUGCUCAGACCACUGGGGCUUUGCUCUGCUAACUGUGGUUUUGCUGGUGUGUUUGUCUCAGCACCUGCGCUGCUGGGCUCUUUCUGCUCAUCUAAAGCUCCCGCUGUACCCUGUCGUCAGUAUGCUCUCAGUGCUGCUGUCUGUGCUGUUGGUGUGGGUUGUGUGUGCUGCACUGCAACACUGUGGACACAUCACUCCUCACUCUGUGUCCGAACUGCUUUUCAAGGAUGAUUUAAACACUACCCAAUUCCAUGACUGGACGGCUGCAAAUUCAACUAACCUGCUUUCUGCAGUUUCCACAGCAACAUGGCUUAGCCUCCCUUUACCAGGUCUUGGGCUCCCCCUCCUGUCUGGUGAUAGUAUUGCAGCUGGAAUUGCAGCAGGGUUGUCCUCUUGUAUCAGCUCUCAGGCAGUGUAUGUGCUGACAGCCCGGCUCCUGAAUGCUCCCACACCUCCAGCACAGGCAUGUAACAGGGGAGUGAGUGUAGAGGGGCUGGGCAGCGUCCUGUCCGGGCUGAUGGGGGUGCCGGUGGGGCUCUGCAGCAGUGUGCCUAAUGCAUGUAUGACCAGCCUCAGCCAGUGUGGGUCUCGGGCCACAGUUCAGCUCUCUGCAGUGAUGCUGCUGGUUCUGGGUCUGUUCCCACAACUGACUCACGUGCUCACUUCAGUCCCUCUGGCUAUCCAUGGUGCUGUGCUCAGUGUGACCUACACGGUGGCUGCAGCGACAGGAAUAACAUACCUCCAGUACACAGAUGUCGACUCAGGGCGCAACAUUUUCAACACAGGCUUCACAGUGUUCAUGUCUUUAGUGCUUCCUCGCUGGUUCAGAAUGCAGACUGGAUUUAUCUACACUGGUGUAGGCAGUCUUGAUAUAUUUUUGCAGUCUUGUCUGAUGCUGCCUGUGUUUUUAGUUAGCCUCUUGGCCUUUCUUCUAGACCACACAGUUUCAGGAACCCUGUCUGAGAAGGGGCUUGAACGAGAUCAGAGCACUAGGAAGAUACAAUCACUAGCCAAUAAGCCACAAGGAAACCACCAAAGCCUAGUGACUGUGUACGAACCUCCACAACCUGUGAGGAAAGUGCUGGAUUGGCCUGGACUCCGUAAAUUUCCUUUCUGUGCCUGCAGGAGCCUGGAGGUGGAGAAAAUCACAGUGACCUCCGCAGAGAUGUCAGGCUUAUUACCUCAGUAGACUGAGCUAGAGCGUGUAUGUGUUUCUGAUGAAUCUGAAACUGCAUCAAAUGUGUUUCGUGUUGCACUUUGUCAUAACGUGGGUCUGUAAUGGUGUGUUCCGGCAGCAUAUAUAGUAUACCAUAUCAUAACCAAGUAGUAACAGGACAGGGGGAAAAAAGGGCACCAACGUAUUUCCAUAUAGUUUAAUUUUGAAAAAUAGAUCUUUAAAUAUUUUUUAUGAACAUAUAAUUUUGACAUCUUUUUUGGUAAAAAGUUAAUAAUGCCACAAAAAGGUAAAUAAAGCACACCAGAUUGUGAGUAUCACUCCAUAAAGCAUACAUUGGGAAUUAGCAUACUGAGCAGGGAUGCUGAAUAGGCUGCUCUCUGACACAUCUGUACUGAGUGAAGUUAAUAAAUAAUAAGUAGCACAGUAUAGCUUAAUUAGUAUAGCUAAGAUGCAGUGUUGUGUAUUUUACCCCUUGUGUAUGCAAUAUGUAGAAAUACAGUGUACAAUGUGACUAUUAAAUACAUGAUGAAGUUACAAAGAACAUUUCCAGCAGGAAAACAUGAAACAUUACAGCGGUGAAAAGUCUAAGACACAGAGUUUGGACUUGUAAGAGAGGAAUAGGACGUAACAAAUAACUUACAGAAUGGUACGACAGUUCAGGAGUAAGAAUUCCUGAUAACUAGCAGAUCUGGUAGAUUUUCUUAGUUGCCUUUAGGAAUAACUGCAUUUGAUUGUGUGUCCCAAAGCCCGUGUUAUCUCCACAUAACACUUUAUUCUACUGAAACAGCUACAGUAUCA